AUGGGCUGUGCUGUUGUGUGCCAUCUCCCAAAAGAGGAGCAGCUGAAUGUACCUACUAUCCGUCACCCUGACCUCUCGCCAAGCAAUAUCUUCGUCUCCGACUCUGGGGACAUCACUGGCAUCAUCGACUGGCAACACGCUACUGUCCUUCCAAUAUUUCUACAAGCUAAAAUCCCGAAGCAUUUUCAAAAUUACGGCGAUGAUGACUCGGAGAAUUUCCGGCAUCCAGAGCUUGCAAAGAAUUUCGCCAACAUGACGAGCAGUGACAAGGCAGUGGAGAUGGAACGGUACCGGCGACGGCAAGUGCACUACUUUUACCUUGGCCAUACCAGUGCCCUCAACAAGGCUCACUUUCACGCUAUGGGAAAGCAUAGCCUUAUUUUGAGGAAUCAGCUUUACGAUAUUGCUAGUCGGCCAUGGGAAGGUGAUAAUACAUCGCUUCAAACGCAAUUGAUCAAGACAGUAGCGCAGUGGUCUGAUAUUGCUUCUCCAGAAGACAACUGCCCAGUUCACUACUCCCCAGUGGAAGUCCAAGAGUGUCUCGACAGGGAUGCCAAGCAAAACAGGGUUAACGAACAGAUGCAGCACAUCCGAGAUUUCAUUGGACUUAAUAUUGAUGGCUUGGUGCUGAAUGAGGACUUUGAGAGUGCAAGGGCGAGGGCGAAGCUUAUGAAAGAGGAGCUGGCAGAAAGCGCCGAUACAGUUGAAGAGAGGAGCGAGUUCAAUAGAAUAUGGCCGUUCCAGGAUCAUGAAGAAAUAGAUUAA